AUGCUACGAGCAACGGUACAACGAGAAUGUGAAGAGCGCGAGGAAUUAAAAGCAACUCUCCUGCGAACAAGGGAACAUCUCCUACACAUCUACAGAGACCCAAAUUCAAAAACAUCCAAAGAGCGACUGGGGCAGAACGAGGACGAAAAGUUGAAAGCGCCGGUCUUGUCAUCAACCAAGUCGGAAUCCCCAACUGAGGCCAGCGAAACAAAGUUGAACCCCCAAGCAAGAAUUGGUGCGAGGUCAUCAGAUACUCGGAAACCAACUAAAAACAGAAUCUGAGUGACUUUGUUUGGACUCAGCACGUAGGAGUACAAAAUAUGCGAGGGAAUCUCUGACAGCAUGGCACCCCACAGCUAAUUCAAUUAACCGAUACAUUGAACUGGAUACAGUAUACGCCGCACUACGGUCGAGGGACCACCACCACAGUCGAUUAAAUCCGGUGGUACAGAACACCAGGCAAUUGAGCACUCGAGUAAUCAGGCGUAGGUCAUAAUGCAAAAGUCAGAGAGUAAAAGGUCAAAGAUCAGCUAUCUGUCCAACGAGCAGAACAAGGGUAAACAUCCCAGCCAAUAGGAUCGUACCUCGCCGCGACCAAACAUGGAACCUAUAUAAGCCCUCGCACAUUAUACCCGACGCAUUCUCAUGAAGGCUUCCCUACGCUAUGCUACUGGCUACACGCUACUCAACAACGUACCUCCAUUGGUGAUGCAACUUUUGCAACAAACUUGCCAAGCUCAGCAAACACUCCGUCUGCCACGAGGUGUAGAGUUCAUGACGUGGCAUAGAGGUUUGAAGAAAUUGACUGGGACUUCGUCAGGCUAGUGCUUGCCGUAUUCGUGAAUGGGGAUCUCGGGAUGGUCCACACCAAUGGUUGGAGACCGCAUCACACACGGCGCAGUCGCGCAUUUAGCGCCGUUCCUCUCUCACAGUAGCGAAAUUGCGUU